AUGUAUAGAAUCACACGACAUCCUAAUUGUAUUAUCAGAAUACCAUCAAUUGAUGUAAUGUCAAUGAAAACAAAAUUAUCUACCACCGUUACUGCAAGAUAUUAUUAUUUAUCAAGUUCAACUAGACAUGUAACAAAUAAACAACAGCAAUUACCAAGAAUAAUAGUUCAGGAUGAUAAAAAAGAACAAAAAUCUAAUAACCAAAAUAAAUCUACUUUUACUAAUACAACAUCAAAUAAACCCACGCCUAAUAAAUCCUCUCCAAUUGACAAUAAAUCCAAUGUCGCCGCCACCACCGCCAUUAACAGUGGUAGUGGUAUUGGCAAUGACCAAUCAAAGAAACAAGGCGAAUCUGGUGGAGUGAUGUAUGGUAGCGCAGUUUAUUAUUCAUUAAAGAAUGAUGCUUUUCGUGGUAUGUUCACAAAACAUGUAUAUGGUGCAGAACAAGUUGUUGAUUAUGUUGGGGAUUUGCAUAGACAAGGAACUUUUGAUAGAUUCGAAAGAAAUUUGACAGAUAUUACUCAGUAUACAAAAAAUAUACAACAACAGUUGAAUGAGCAAACAUUGAAACUUAAUCAAAUACUGGCAUCCCAUGAGAAAGCUGUUGAUGAAUAUAUUAGAGGCAAGGAAGAAGAGAUGAAAAGACAAUUCGAAGGAGAUAAACAAAACAUCUAUAACGAAUUUAAUCAACAUCUUGUCA